AUGCUGCCUUUGACGCCUCUGACCCAUGGCGGCCCUGGUAUCGGUUGCAUCGGUUUGCUGCCUUUCUGCAGCCACCAAGUUAGAAGCAUCGAAGCUUCCGAGAUCUCCCACAUCGCCCCGGGCGCCCAAAGCGUCGCCCCAGCCCUGGCCGACAGCGACGUCUCUGGCUCUGGCAGCUCUGGGCUCACAGAGGCCGCGGCGGCGAGCCCCGCGGCGAUCGUCGCGUCUGGCGGUGCCGGAAAAGUUCAGCGUGGCAGUGAAGGAGAGCAACUCGGUUUGGAUGUGGCAUUCAAUGUGGCACAUUCCAUGGGACACCUGGGACACCUGCAAAACAGCGGCACUGUUGGAGCUGUUGGCACUGACCAUCUGCUGCUGGGCAUGGCCUCUGUCCCGAAGACCUCGGUGUCUCGUGCUCUCGGCUCCGUCGGCGUGACGGCAGAAGACCUGCAGGAGAAGCUCACGCAGCUCCGAGAGUCUAGCCCUGAGACACUUCCACCACUGCCUCCAGCUGAAGCUCUUUCACCGCCUUUGGAUUCCGAAGUUCAAUUUUACCUUCGCCGAGCAUCAGGCAUGUUGAGAUGGCUACCUCCACGAGAUGGAAUUCGAAUGCUCGGGACAGAGCACAUCAUGCUGGGCUUGCUUAGCAACGGUAGCCAUGCUGCUGGCAAAUUGCUGCUGGCGCUUGACAAAGAUGGUUUCGAUCGAACGGUUGGGAAGUACGACUCUGGCUCGGGGGGCUCUGCAUCGAAUCCACGACGGGCUGCCUUGCGGAAAGCCUUGAUGCAAAUCGUGAACGACGGUGAAGGAGAUGCCACCAGAAGCGACGCAAACAUGGCGAGCACGGGGAGCACAGGAAGCACGGGCCGUGGCCAAAGCAAGCCACAAAGUGCACAAAGUGAAGAGUCCUCUUUGGACCGUUUUGCCCCCGACCUCACAAGUUUGGCAGAGCAAGGAUUCUUAGAUCCAUACAUGGGACGUGAAUCUUUGAUUCAUCGAAUUGAACGAGUUUUGGGUCGGCGACAGAAGCCGAAUGUUUUGUUGGUCGGAGAUCCUGGAGUUGGAAAGACAGCCUUGGUGGAAGCCAUCGCUCAACGCAUCGUCAGGGGCUCAGUGCCUCAGUGGCUUCGUCAGAAACGGCUCCGUACUUUGGACGUUGCUCGUCUUACGGCGGGGACCCGCUUGCGUGGAGAUUUUGAAGAACGUUUCAGUGAAGUGCUGGCAGAAGUUGAUGCUGAAAAGAGCAUCCUGUUUAUUGAUGAAGCACAUACUGUGGUGGGAGCUGGUGCAACAAGUUCAAGCUCUUUAGAUGCUUCAGAUAUGCUGAAGCCAGCACUUGCACGUGGCACACUGCGUUGUAUUGCAGCGACGACUGUGGAGGAGUAUUCCAAGUAUUUUGCUCGUGAUGCGGCCCUUGAGCGUCGCUUUGAAGUUGUGGAAGUGGAAGAACCCAGCCCUGAAGAAACCGUUGAGGUUUUGGAGGGUCUACGCGGCCAGUACGAACGCCAUCAUGGGGUGAUUUUCGAUGCUGGUUCUCUGGAAGCAGCCGCUGCUUGGGCAGCGCGCCACUUGCCAGAACGAAGGCUACCAGACAAGGCCAUUGAUGUUGUCGAUCGUGCCGCAGUUCUGGCCAAAACUCAGCAGAGCGGCUCUCAGGCUGCUGUGACAACUGCAGAUGUCGCGACCGCGAUUGAAGAGACCGUGGGCCUCCGACCUGGGUCUGUUUCUGCGGCAGAAGCACGUGGCAUCGUCGAUUUCGAGGAAGAGUUGCACAAGCGCGUCCGGGGUCAGAGAUCUGCGGUUCGAAUGGUGGCCACAGCGGUAGCUCGAGCGAAAGCGGGUUUGCAGGAGGAGCACAGGCCGAUCGCAUCAUUGCUCCUCUAUGGCCCUCCAGGAGUUGGGAAGACCUCCCUUGCAACUGCCUUAGCGGAGACUUGGCUUGGCUCUCGGCGCGCGCUUGUACGUGUUGACUGUGCUAGCGCCAGCAGUGUGGAGACAGCUAGUGCAUUAGCAGCUGCUGUGAGACGACGACCACACUCAGUUGUUCUCAUUGACGAAGCGGAUAAGGCUGACGCAGACUUUCUUGGCAUCCUGCUAGAAGUCAUUGAGGAAGCAUCUUUGAGCUUGAGCGGCCCGGGAGCUGGACGGGUCGAUUUUCGCCACACGGUGGUGUUGCUCACUUCCAAUGAUCCAGCCGGGCCAGACGCCUUGCCACGAGCCUUAGCGGACCGCCUGGACGGUUCAGAGCAUUUGAGGCCUUUGAGUGCGAGUGUGGUGCAGGAGGUGCUUGAUGGGCUGGUCGAUGACUUCUCAUCACGGCUCAUCCAGAGCCAUCCUAGCGCCCAACUGCAUGUCACCGAUGCAUGGAGAAAGAUGGUCUUGGAGAAGCUCUGUCUUGGCGAGGACGGCCUUGGCGCUCGCGCGUUGAGACGCGCGCUGCGGCAGUUUCUUGAAGAUCCCAUCGCUUUUCGCAUUCUUCAGCACCAGGCGGCAGCCAAAGAGCAUUUGGCCAAGGCGGAACAGGCCUUGAAACCUUCAUGGAUGUCUCUGAAGUUCAGUCCAGACCACUUGAUGGCGUCCAUGGAGUACUCCCAGGCCGCUACCCAAUUUCGCGCAGCUGGGAUGCUUCAAGAAUGUGCAGAUGCCUGGGUCAAGUCAGGCCAGAUGAAGGAGCUUCUCCACGACCCGUUUGGUGCCGGCCGCGCGUAUGAGAGCGCGGCUGGCAUUUGCGAUGGCAGUGGACCUGGUGGUCCCGCAGCUGCCAUGCUUCAUUGGGAGAAGGCCGUUCACUGCUUUCGACUGGCGGGCAAGGCAGAUGUGGCAGCCAAGCUCCUCCUGAAAGUGGCCGGAGUUAGAGAGAAGCAAGGUGAUUUGGAUGGCGCAAAGUCCGCCUAUGAGGAAACAAUCAACGUCUUCGAGCAAGAAGAGAAGGACUACGAGUUGGGCGAUGUGUACAAGACGUACAUUGGUUUUUUGAUUCGACGUGAAGCUUUGGAGGACGCUUUGAAAGCCAUGGAUGGCCAUAUUUCGGUACUUCAAAGACAGAAAAGCCUGCCUUUUGUGCAUAAGGAACUCUUAUCGAAAAUCGUCCUCCUUGUGAAGAUGGAGGAUUGUGUUCGAGCUGAAGAAAUUCUCACCUCGACAAAUGUGGAUGGUUGGAUUAUGUCUCGAGAGUACCAGGUUGGCACAGAGCUUGUUGAAGCGACGAAGAAUUAUGACGCAGAAGCCCUCAUCGGUCUUCAAAAAGACCAAAUCUUCACCUUUUUGCAGGUUGAGGUGGCGCGAAUAGCAAAACUUUUGAAGGUUGCAGUGACCAAAGCUUCUGAUGGUUCAGGGCGUGACCGAGGUGGAUAUCCAGUUGAAGAGCCUCCGCAAGACAUCGCAGAUUUGAUCCAGUGA